CGUAGACCUCCUGACGCGCGCGGCCUCGGCAAUGGCGACGGAGGCGAAGCGCCGGCGGGUGGCGGGGCCUGUGGGCUGCAGCGACGCGGACCCGGACCCGGUGGCCGGUUUCCUGAGCUGGUGUCGGCAGGUUGGGCUGGAGCUGAGUCCCAAGGUGGCGGUGAGCCGGCAGGGAACGGUGGCCGGUUACGGCAUGGUGGCCCGGGAGAGCGUGCAGCCCGGGGAGCUGCUGUUCGCCGUGCCGCGGGCCGCCCUCCUUUCGCAGCACACCUGCUCCAUUGGCGGCCUGCUGGAGCGAGAGCGAGGCGCGCUGCAGAGCCAGUCGGGCUGGGUGCCGCUGCUGCUGGCGCUGCUGCACGAGCUGCAGGCGCCGGCCUCGCCCUGGAGCCCCUACUUUGCGCUCUGGCCGGAGCUGGGCAGAUUGGAGCACCCCAUGUUCUGGCCUGAGGAGGAGCGCAGGCGACUGCUGCAGGGCACAGGGGUACCGGAGGCCGUGGAGAAGGACUUGGCCAACAUCCGCAGCGAGUACUAUUCCAUCGUGUUGCCCUUCAUGGAAACCCACCCGGAUCUUUUCAGCCCCAGGGUUCGCUCCCUGGAACUCUACCGCCAGCUCGUGGCUCUUGUGAUGGCCUACAGCUUUCAGGAACCGCUGGAGGAAGAGGAGGAUGAGGAGCCAAACUCCCCUUUGAUGGUGCCUGCUGCGGACAUACUAAACCACUUAGCCAGUCAUAAUGCCAAUCUAGAAUACUCUCCCAAUUGUCUUCGGAUGGUGGCCACUCAGCCCAUUCCUAAAGGCCAUGAAAUUUUCAACACUUACGGGCAAAUGGCUAAUUGGCAACUGAUUCAUAUGUAUGGUUUUGUUGAACCAUAUCCUGACAACACGGAUGACACAGCUGACAUUCAGAUGGUGACAGUUCGUGAAGCAGCAUUACAGGGAACAAAAGCUGAAGCUGAGAGACUCCUACUGUAUGAACGCUGGGAUUUCUUAUGUAAACUGGAAAUGGUUGGGGAAGAGGGAGCCUUUGUGAUUGGGCGUGAGGAGAUACUCACUGAAGAGGAACUGACCACCACACUCAAGGUACUGUGCAUGUCUGCUGAGGAGUUCAGAGAGUUUAAAGACCAGGAUGGAUGGGGAGAUAAUAAAAGGGAAGAGGACAGCCUGACAAUCACAAAUAUCCCGAAACUCAAAGCAUCAUGGAGACAGCUUCUUCGGGACAGUGUUUUGUUGACCCUGCAAAACUAUGCCACAGACUUAAAAUCUGAACAAGAUUUACUAGGUAACAAGGAGGUGUACAUGAAACUGAGCUGGAGGGAACAGCAGGCCUUGCAGGUUCGCUAUGGUCAGAAGAUGAUCUUACACCAGUUGUUGGAACUGACAAGUUAGCAGGUUUUGUGUUGCCUGAAGAAACAUCAACAAGAACUUUAUUCUAAGAUAAUAUUCACCGAUGUUUGAAAAAAAUGAAAAUUUGGAUCUUUUGCUUCACUUUUCCUUUAAGUGCCAAAAGGAAAAGUAGCAAAGGUGAUGUGUUAGGGUUAACUCUGAGGUAAGGCGAACUGUUUGAAGAUUGGGCACAGUCUAAAAUUGGAAACUGCUGAUGGUUACUAAGACCAAUAAAUCGUUUAACUGUUUCAUUCUCAGUCUGAACUAGAGUUAGCAGAAAUGUGAUAGUAGUAAGGUCUUGAUCUUUAGUAAAUAGUAAGGUCAUGGACUUUAAAGUAGACCUGGGUCUAUUUUGAGCAAGCUUCUUCCCUCCAAGACUGUUUUUCCUGUUUGAGGGUUUGAUGAGCUAUAUGGCGCUGGCACUCAGCAACUGUUUUACUUCCUCAGCAAUCUGAAGUUUGCUAUAGAUGGCACAGCUCACCUUAAGGGAAGGAACCCUAAGAUAAGACACCAAUGACAUUCAGACCUUACUUGUUAAAAUUUCUAUUUAAUCUUGAACCUUUUUGUCCUCUGUGGCCAUAGAACUUGACAAUCAAAGGUAAGGUAUUUUUUAAGUGGCAUAAAUUUUAAAUAUAUCAAAAUCCCACGAGGAGAAAGGGUAUGAAAAAUCUUUUGUAAUUCUUUCAUCACAGAAACCUGCUCCAGUGAUUUUCUACUGUUGAAACAUGCCAGGUUAGUAGGAAAGAUCUCAUCGUUCAGCAAGAAGUGAUGUUUCCUCAUGGCCCCAGGCUCUGUGAGACGGGGCCGUCCACUUUCCUCCUCACCACCAGCACUGGCUGCUGCUACUGAGAAAGGCACAGUGGACUCACACGUAUGUCAUGACUUUAAUGUUUUGACUACAGUAUGCAUACACAUACAAGUAAGGGAGCUAGAGCCCAGGAACUAGAAAGGCUACAAAAUACAACACAUGGACCAAUACAUUUACAAAACAUUCAAAAUCUUUACAAAAGGGGCUGUAUUGGUCCUUUUGACUUUUUUGUUGUUCAACAUAGCCUGUAUGGCUAUUCACUGGGAAGGAGGAAGGGCAAUUCAUACACUAUUAGUCCCCUUUCCCACAAUUUACAAGUAUGAAGAGAGAGCUAGGGGCACUUGUAGGCGUGAUGUGGCUUCCCUUUAU